CAAAAUCUUAAGAUCUAAAUAAUUUUUUAGAGCAUUUUUAUGUGUCUGGCUUUAUUUUGUAACCACUGGCAUCCACCAAUCCAAUGCACAGCUAUCAAAUUUAACAUGUCAGAUUAAAAUAUUUUUCUGAUAAUAUCUUCUAAUAAAAGGUCUUUAACGUCACAGUUGAUAUGAUACUCAAGAAAAACAUACUUUUCCAUAACUGCAUGUUUUCGUUCCACAAAGAGACUGUGGGUGCGUCGGAAACAAAGCGGGGUGAGGUUUGACGGGUGCUCAUGCAUGCUGGGGGUAAAUGUCAACCUCUGUUUCCUCUCAUUUGAGAGUUUCGCACAGAACCAGCACUAUACUACAGGGCUACCGCUGUCAUGUUUUGUGACAUGAAAGUCCUCUCCAUUCUUCUAUAUUUGCUGUUACUUCAUAGAAUUGGAAGCGCUACAGGAGAGUGUCUAGCAGGUCAGAAGGUAAACUACAGCACAGGUAAAUGUGAGAACUGUCCAAAGGGUCAAUACAGCCCUAAAAGUGGAAACAGUGUUCACUGUUACAACUGCAGCAAAUGCAAAAAAGGCAGUAAUGUAAUCAAUGAGUGUACACUUACCAGCGACACUCAGUGCAGAUGUAUGAAAGGUUUUACACCUGUCGAUACACUAAAAGAAGAGGUUUGUGUCUGUAAAAAGGGUUCUGGAGUGAAUAAGAAAGGAAAUGAAUGCCAAACAUGUAGCCAAGGAUUCUUUACAGAUAAAGAUGACACAGCUUGUCAAAGAUGGAAGGAGUGUAAAAAUGGGGUUAAUAUCUCAGGCACCACUACUUCAGAUGUUGUCUGCAAUAACAUAAAGACAGAGGAGAUAAAAGCUCCUACAAUCUUGAUUCCCUUGUUCCGGACAGCCAAACCCACUUUUGCAGCCACUUUAGGAACUCAGACCACUUCAGGAACUACGACCACUUCAGAGACUAAGACCACAUCAGGAACUACGACCUACUCUCCCGGAGAAAAAGCAGACAGCUUCUACAUCUUCUGGCUGAUUAUAAUUUGUGCUACUACUACUCUUCUCCUUGCUGGAUUCUUGUACGGCAAGAGAUUCACCCACUGCGUUCAUAACCUCAAGAAAGCAAACUCUCGAAAAGAAAGCACAUGCAGAAAGCCUGUUGAAGAAUCUGGGGAAAAGUGCCUGUCUUUACUUGUCUAACAGGUUAAUUGGCCUUAGUGUUUCUUUUUGGGGAAUAUUUUGUAUGCAAGAAAUAGUAGUUGUUAUAUAACUAGUCAAGCUGCUGUUCAAAACCAUUUAAAACAUAAAACCAAUGUUUAAUUGUCAUUUUCUGAAACCUGCGUACAUAAGGGGAUGUUUAGGAUCUCAUUUACACCUCCUUUUUAUGACAUGAAUUUAAACAUUCAUGUAAUUUAUCUACAUGAAAAGGUGGUUUGCACUUUGGAUCGCAUUGCACUUGUAGUGUAAAUGCUCAUUCAUUUGAAUUCAGGCGGCUUAUUUAUUUCAAGCCGUGAAUUGAUUUCAUUACUUUGAAAUCCGCUGAUUAGUGAAUUCAAAUCUCUACCUUGGCAGAAUGCGCACUGCAGUUGACCGCUGUCUGUGGGUUGACUGGUGGAUGUCAUUUCUAUGCCACCACAGUUGUUUGCCUCAGUCGUUCUUGUAGUGACUCAUUCACUCCUAAGAGAUAUUUGAUAAACUCCUAUAUCUAGAUGAUGUACACAGGGUUCCCACGGGUCAGGGGAUUUCUGCAAUAUCAUGGAAUUCUAAAAAGUCUGUUCCAGAUAUGGAAUGUCUGGGAAUUUUUAGGAAUGGAAAGAUAAUACAUUUAAAUCCAAAUGCUUUAUUGCAAACACAAUAACAAAAAUUAAAGAAAAAAAUUAUUUGAUUUUUCUGAUGAUUUUUCACUUAUUAUAAUUUUUUUCCCCCAGACGUAUUUAUUUGGGUAAUCUCAAGCCGCUACUAUUUUUCGGUACAAUUUUUUUGCCUCUGAUCUUAAUGUUUUUUCUUAGAUUAGUUUUAGAUUUGGAUUGGGUACUGACUAAUCUAAUUUUAUAUAUUUCAACACAAUCUCACUGCAAUUCGUUUCAAUCAUUUUUAAUUUAGCGGCUUGAGAUUAUUGCACACUAAAUCCAAAAUUUUCGUCUGAUAUUUUCGCACAUUAAAAAAUAAUUUCGACCUUACAUGUGUCAAUCAUAAAACAUUUAACGUGUCAAUUUGAAACUUUCAUAGAUCGAAAAAAAUUCAAACCAGGUUUGUUUUUUUCCACUUUUCGCAUCCAAAAAAGCAUUUUGAGGGGAUUUUUGACAAUUCAGAAGCACCGUACAUUUAAAAAGAUGACAGAAAAGCUAAAUGUAAACUCUGUAAAACUAAUAUUGAGCUGUCAAAUAUGGGAGAGGGAGCAUUUUGCGGUCACACAAACUGUAGCAUACAUGACUUCAAAAUCUCAGGUAAUUUCUAAAAUUUUUUUCAUAGUGGCUAUUAAAAUUAUGCAAAAGAUAUUCAAGCCAUAAAACUAUUUUAUUAUUGCACUGAAAAAAGCCUCAUUGGAUCAACUAAAAUAAAUGACUUCAUUUAUUUAAGUUUUUCUAACUUAUUUAUCCCUGAAACCAUAAUAAAUUAAGUGGAUGAAUUCAUUUAGUUUUAAGAAGCUGAAGUGAUUGAAGUUUUCACCUUUUACAGUGUGUGUUGUUAUUAUAUUGUAAAUAUAUACAGUAAGCGGUCUGUUUUUCCAUUCUAGUUUGUUCCGUUUUAGUCAAACUCAGGGAUUUUGAUAUUUGGCUUAAAGUGGGAACCCUGUUCACAUAUUUUGUUUUGCUAAAGACAACUUCUGAGAAUCUUCAUUGUAUUUAUUUGUAUUUUUGUGUGUAGCCUUUUAUAAAGAAUCAUUAAGUUUCUGUGAAAUGAAAGUAACUUAGCUGCAUACAUACAGUAAGUAACGCAAGUGUGUUAGUAGAUUGUUAGGCUAAUUAAAAUACUUGCCAGAUUUGCUUAUAUUCAACGCAUUGUUUAAAACAAUCAUUUUUCGACUGAAAGUUUGUUGAUUUUUGAGACCAUGCUUUGCUUUUGCUAACUACCGCGUAACUCUUCAAUUCUUAAAACUCUUCUCAGAUUCUGACCGAUUUUGUUAAAACGAUAUGGCUAACAUUAAGAUUUGUGUUUUCAUCUUAUGGUUUUAGCACUUGCACUUAACAGCGUCAGAUCUGGUAUAGUCCCCUCCUACAUUUGUUUCUUCCGAGAGUUGGCAGUGUCGCCUGCCUCUGUCUGUACUAUAGAAAUGCAGUGAGGUUCUUGGGAGGCGACAGCUUUCGGUUGAACCUCUUCAGAAUUUCCAUGCAUACAUACGCAAGCACUCACGUUUCAGCCGUUAAAUCUGUAUGGCUAUACUCCUUCCUCUGAAUAAACCACAACCAACUGCAGGUGCUUGCGUAGGCUUUUUUUGUGUGCGUGUGUGUAUGUGCGUGUAUUACAGAAAAAAGAUCUUACUUUGACUGGUUGUAUGACACUUCUGAGAAAUUUCUCUUUAACAGCUUGUGAAGUGUUAUACCAAUAUGCCAAUUAAAAUGUUUUUCAAGGAA